GGUUGUGGAUAAGUCGUACAUCAAAUCGAGGAUGUCAAGAGAAAGCCUGGCUGCCUGAAUUCUUUGGAUAGUUUGCAGCCAUGGCAAACUAUGUCAUUGCAGUUCAUUGUGGUGCUGGGUAUCACUCUAGACAAAAGGAGGAGGCAUACAAGACAUUGUGUAAAUCCAUUUGUUUAAAGGUGUGUCACAUGUUAGAGAAGGGCUCAGAGGCUGUGGAGUGUGUGACCGAGGCAGUCAAACUGUUAGAGGACUCUAAGUUAACCAAUGCGGGUCGCGGCUCUAGCUUAAACAUCAGAGGUUGUGUGGAGUGUGACGCCUCCAUUAUGGAGGGGAAGAAACUCCUGUUUGGUGCUGUCGGAGCCAUUUCUGGUGUCCAGAACCCAAUAGAGGUGUCGGCCAUGUUGAUCAACAGACAGCUUGGGGAAAAGUUAUCCCUGGGGAGGCUGCAUCCCAGUGUUCUUGUGGGAGAGGGAGCCAGCCAGUGGGCCGUGGCUAAUGGGAUACACAAGGUGGACCCUCGACUCCUGAUAACAGAUGAAUCACAGAAAACAUACAAUAACCACAAAAGAAAACUUGACUCUCAUAACCAGAAAGUCAGCAAGAAAAGAAAGAUAGAUCACCAGAGUGAUGACAAAAGCGAGGAGAUUGAGGACCUGCAGGAGGAGAAGGAUGUUGUUCAGGAUACCGUGGGAGCUGUUGUCAUGGAUACCAGAGGGAACAUAGCAUCAGCAGUGUCUAGUGGGGGGAUCUCACUGAAACAGCCAGGGAGGCUGGGACCAGCAGCCAUUUAUGGUGCUGGAUGUUGGGCCUACAACCAGAGGCCAGGAAAACCAGGUGUAGGAACAGUUACUUCAGGUAGUGGUGAGCACAUCAUUAGGACUGUACUGGCGCGGGAGUGUGCAAUGUCCAUACAGAGGGAGAACAACGCUAGCCUCGGGCUGUCUCAGGGAUUCAAACAGAGUCUACUAGAGUCUGAGUUUUUAUCUGAGGAGGAGGAGAAGUAUGCUGGGGUUCUGGCUCUGGUCCACAAUGAAGAUAACACAGCAGAGGUAUUGUGGGGCCACACCACAGACAGCAUGUGUGUGGGGUAUAUGUCCUCCUCACUCAAAAAACCCAAGGUUGUCAUGUCUAGACUACCAACAGGGGGGGUUCCAGGGAAAUCCUUCACCAUGUUGGGCAUGCCUGUAUGAAAUGAUAUCCUCCAAUGCAAGCGAUGAAACAGCUUCUUGCUCAGAAUUCGACAGUUAUUCCCAGGAAGUCAGCACUCGAGUAGAGUAACCAAAUGACCUACUCUAUUCUGUGUCAAAUAGAACUGACCAGUCUGGUGUGAUAAACGAGAGAGUUCAGCGAACGAGAUGAGUAGUAUGAAAUGACUUCUGGGUAACAUAAAAAUCCGCCAGUGGAUGCAGAUUUCAACAUGAAAACACCAGCUCAACAGGCACAGAGUGAAAGGCGGCCAUGUUAGCUUCAAGUUCCACAAUGACAACAAUUAGGAUUUGUGUGUCAAGAAAAUCAGUCCUGUACACGUAACUACAUUGUACCCGAGUAUAGAUAACACAAUGAAACAAAUAAACAAAUUCAUUAGAAAAUC